AUGGGAUUGUUGUCUUUAGGUACACCACUCCAUUGGAACGAGUCCAAGAAAUUGGCUGAUCAUGUGAGGGAAAACGGUAUUACUCAGCUACUCAAUUCUUAUCGGAUUUCACAGCCCAGGGACAACGAUACCUUUUAUUGGGGCGAUGAGAUUGAAUAUAUGAUGGUGUCGUUUAAUGAGAGGGAGAAAUCAUUAAAACUGUCUAUUGAUCACGAUUUCGUCUUGGAUAACUUAUCAGAAGAGGGUAAGAGUUUCCAGAAAUCUCUUGAUAAUGACGUGCUUUUUCAUCCCGAAUACGGACGUUUUAUGCUUGAGGCAACUCCACUGAGACCAUACAAUGGUGAUCACCUGAAGGAUUAUUUCUAUGUCGAGGAGAAUAUGCAUAUUAGACGUAAAUUGGCGAUUGAGGAAAUUGAGGAUCCAAACGUUUAUCCACUGACAUUGACUUCGUUCCCCUUGAUGGGGGUCAAAGAUUUUUGUUCUCCUUCAACUAUUGUUCAGGGGAAUUCAUCAAAAUCGUUGUUCUUGCCCGAUGAAAUCAUCAAUAAGCAUGUAAGGUUCCCAACUUUGACGGCAAACAUCCGUCGUCGCCGUGGCCAAAAGGUUGCAAUAAAUAUCCCUCUCUAUAAGGAUGUCAAUACAAGAUCUUUGGAUGCAAGAGAUCCUUCUAUUCCAAGAAGAUCGCUCUUCCCCUAUUCUGAUAAGGAGGCCCAUUAUAAUUUCCUUCAUCCAGCUGCUAAACCCGGUCAUAUAUAUAUGGAUUCAAUGGGAUUUGGUAUGGGCUCAUCUUGUUUACAAGUCACAAUGCAGGCAAAGAAUAUCAACGAUGCACGCUACCUCUUUGAUUCCUUGGUUAAUAUUGCGCCUUUUAUGUUGGCAGUUACUGCCGCAGCACCUGUUUUCAGGGGACAUUUGGCCGACCAAGAUGUUAGGUGGAAUGUUAUCUCUGCCUCGGUUGAUGAUAGAACUCCUUUUGAAAGGAACGAAGAAGCACUACCAGAACAUCCAUUAUACGGUGGCCAUGAAGAUCACCUACAGGGAAAGUCAAGGAUGCAAAAGAUUCCUAAAUCUAGAUAUGAUUCAAUCGAUCAAUAUUUAGGUGGCUCAAAAUUCUUCAAAUCAGAAUACAAUGAUAUUGAUGUACCAAUAAAUCAGGAAAUUCUGAAUCGGUUAAUACAGAAUGGUAUGGAUGAAGAUUUGUCUAGACAUUUUGCGCAUUUAUUCAUUAGGGAUCCACUAGUUUUAUUCUCUGAGAGGAUAGAGCAGGAUAACGAAAGUUCAAUGGAUCAUUUUGAGAACAUCCAAUCAACCAACUGGCAAACCCUUAGAUUCAAGGUUCCAUCACAAGAUUCCACACCGGGCUCAAACAAACCAGGAUGGAGGGUUGAAUUAAGACCAAUGGAAAUCUCAAUUACCGAUUUCGAGAAUGCAGCGUAUUCUGUGUUUUCUAUAUUAUUAAGUCGUGCAAUUUUACAUUUCCAACUAAACAACUACCUACCAAUAUCUAAAGUAGAAGAAAAUAUGAAGAGAGCCCAUCAUAGAGAUGCAGUCAAUAACGAUCUGUUCUUUAUACGAACCAACAUUAAUGAUUCUGGAGAUGCAACUAUUAAAGAAUUAUCAUUGAAUGAGAUAUUCAAUGGUUCUCCUAACUUCAAAGGGUUCCUACCGAUUGUACGUGAAUAUGUUGAUAUUGCCUUCCCGGAAAUUGACACUGUCUCAUCAAAGAAAUUAGAGAUGUAUUUCAAUCUCAUUUCGGGAAGAGCCAGUGGCUCAAUAUUAACAACUGCAAAAUUCAUGAGAGAGAUGAUCGUCAACCAUAGAGAUUAUCGGAAGGAUAGCAUUGUUCCCGAAUCCGCUGCAUAUGAGUUUUGUCAGUUUGCCAAGAAAUUGAGUGUAUAUGAGCCGGAAGCAGUUUCCCAAUUUUUUAGUACGCAAAUUGCACAGUAUUUGAAUGAUAAUAAAUAUCAUGAAAUAUUUUAA